AGCAGGAGACAGCAGUGAGGAUAUGGCGAGCACACAGCUAGUGCUGCUCCUGGCCUGUCUCUGGUUGGCAGCCAGCCAUGCAUACACACGCAGGAGCUUUCAAACCAGAUCAGAAGUGCUGGUCACAGAACAGGAUCGCUGGUUUACACAAAGACUGGAUCACUUCAAUGGGGCUGACCCCAGAGAGUGGGAGCAGAGAUAUUUUCUGAAUGACUCCUUCAGCCAUAGUGAUGGACCCGUGUUCCUGAUGAUUGGAGGAGAAGGUGCCGCUAAUCCAGGAUGGAUGACGCAGGGCACUUGGAUAACGUAUGCAGAGAAGAUGGGUGCCAUUUGUCUACUAUUGGAGCAUAGGUUCUACGGCAAAAGUCACCCAACGAAGGAUAUGAGUUUGGAGAAUUUACGUUACCUGAGCAGUCAGCAAGCCUUGGCAGAUCUUGCCCAUUUCCAGACUGUAAUGACUGACAAACUGGCAUUAGGUGACAGGAAAUGGAUUGUUUUUGGAGGUUCUUAUCCUGGGAAUCUUGCUGCAUGGUAUCGGCUAAAGUAUCCUCACCUAGCACAUGCAGCUGUUGCUAGCAGCGCACCUGUUAAUGCUGUCCUCAAUUUUUCAGAAUAUCUGGAAGUUGUUCAGGCUUCUCUGUCAAGAAAUCAUUCUGAUUGCCCUAGGAUGGUCAAGUUGGCCUCGGACACGUUGCUCCAGCUCUUGGAUUACAAGGAGAAUUAUGUAAAAAUAACCAAAGACUUUUAUUUAUGUGAAUUUUUGAUUAUACGUACAAAAAUGGACCAGGCCUUCCUCCUUGACACUAUUGCUGAGUAUAUAAGUGAUAUAGUUCAAUAUAACAAUGACAACCGAGAGUUUGAGGGUGUGAAGGGUGGAAAUAUAACUAUCCAAGUGGUCUGUGACAUUAUGUCCAAUGAAUCCUUUGGCUCUCCAUAUGACAGACUUGUUGAAGUUAUCCAGAGAAUCAUGAAAGCCCGAGAAGAAAAGUGCAUUGAAGCAAAUUACCAGCAAUUUGUGAAUGACAUGAACGACAUCCACUGGGAAGGGUCACCUUCAUCUGGAGGUAGACAGUGGAUGUACCAGACAUGCACAGAAUUUGGAUAUUUUCAGUCUUCAGAUUCUGUUUCUCAACCAUUUUCCGGUUUUCCAUUAAGUUACCAUGUCCAACAGUGCGCUGAUAUUUAUGGGGAGGCCUUCACAUUAUCUGUGAUCACUGAUGCAGUUCAGCAAACAAAUGAAAAUUAUGGUGCUCUCAAUGUCCAGAGCAGCAGAAUAAUUUUUCCAAAUGGCCUGAUUGACCCGUGGCAUGCCCUGGGGAUUAACACAAAUCUCAGCAGCGAUCUUAUAGCCUUUCCAAUGCAAGACGCUGCUCAUUGUGCAGACAUGUAUCCGGCCCGCCCUGAGGAGCCUACAGUGUUACCUGCAGUACGGAAAGAGAUAUUUGAGCAGCUUAUAGAAUGGUUACAGGUAUAAACCUUAUACAGAAAGUCUGAGGUUUAUACAGUGCUGCUGUACGACACUGAUUGUUGGUUUCUUAUGCUGUAAAGUUAUUUUUGCAUUUCUCAUAUUUGUUGAUCCGAUUAGAUUGCAUACCUUGCCAUAGCUCUCCAUUCUGGGAGCUGUAGUUUGCCAAUAUCUGGGGAGCCGCAGGUUGUCUCAGAUAAUACAGAAUAUCUUGGAAUGUCUGGAACAUUCUGGAGACCCUGCUGAUGGCGUUCAGAUUUUUGGAUAAUUUCUGUGUCAAUAUGACCGCACAGCAUGUGUCUUUAUUCAGCUGUUUGUAUAAACUCCUUGGUUUUUGAUCUGGCGUAAAUCUUGUUUAGUUAGAGUUCCAAUAAACUUGCAAUUUAUUUUUGCAAAAUAA